AUGAGCACCGGCGUCCGCAAAAGUCCAAGGCUUAUCCGCACUGCGAGCAAGUCGUCCGACCUCCUCGGGCCUGGGGUGAAAAGUUCGCCAGCACUUGGUUUUCAAACACCCAUACUCCCCACCAUCUCGAAAACGAGCUCCGUGCUUUCUCUUUCUUCGAACGCGUCGACAGCAAAAUUCCCUGUCACACCGCGUUCAGUCUCAAAACGGAAGCGUCAGGAAGAGGAGAGUUGUUCGCAACCAAGACCAUCCAAGUCACGCGAGACGUUUGUCCAGCACGACGUUCACUGGGCACCAGACGGGAACAUCAUGGUGCAAAUUGGAGGAAUUCGGUUCAAGGUGUAUAGAAGUCGGUUGAUGGACCGCUCGACGUGGUUUAGAUACCUGUUUGACCGUCAAGCAGGGCGGCCUGGGCAGGCUGGAUUCGAGGGUCGCGACGGUGUCGAAAACGUGCUGAAGAAUGUCGAACUGGUAGGUGAGCUCGACUGUUUUUUCCUUGAUGGAGUGCCAAAUAUUCCGAGCCCUCGCGGGUUUGCUGAACUCCUGAAUGCCAUGGACGCUGGGAUCAACUUCGCUCAUAACUCGCCGAGCUACGAUGUCCUUGCUCGAAUCCUAACCGCGUCAAGUUUCUUUGGCGUACAAUGCUGCCUCGAAUAUGCGCGAACGAGCAUCAGCAGCCUCUUCGCGGACAACUGGGAGUCCAUCACAAAAGAGAUCCAAACCCUCGCCUCGCACGCCAUCCUCAUUGGGCGGUCCUUCAACCUCCCCCAGAUCCUCCGACGCGCCUUCUACGACCUCGCACGGUCACAGUAUACCUUCCCUCAAGCGUCCGCAGAGUCGCUCCUCAAAGGCGACCCUAAUGUCCGUAGCCUCGCCGCCAAAGAUGUUAUGCUCCAUCUUGCACUGCAAAGUCAUCUGAAAGCGUCUUGGGAAGACAUCGGGCGGAUGGUGGAGUGCAAAUGCUCGGAUUCGUCGUGCGGUUUGUAUCACCAUGCACCAGGAAUCGUCGUGCACACGAGGACGAAGUAUCCGAUGAAUCCUAUCCUCGGCAUCAAGACUCUCCUGAAGCAGGAUUGGACGCUGUUGGGUUAUUGUGAACGCGCGCAGAAGACGGUGAAGACGAAGUUAGAGCAAGAGCGCGAGCGGAUAUGGGAGCAGCUAAAGGUCUGGAUAGAUGUCACCAUCGAUGAUAAAGUUACACCUGGACUAUGA